CAAUGGCGAUCGAAGAAAACAAGACGAGAAUUCAAGACAGAUCUUGGAAGCUUAUUAGCUCUGGAUGCUGUUCGGUUUGAAACUUAAUUGGGAUUAUCUUGCGUUCAAAUCUGUCGCGUCUUUUCGAGUCGCCGAGAAACCUUUGUUUCAAUCGUUACGGACGGCGAGAAGAGGGAAUUCAGGCUCGAUCGUUCUAGAAGGUAUUGGACUGGAAGUGGUUUAUGUUACAGUUGCAUCUCCGCCAGAUAGAAGGGUUACGAGGGACGACAUCGGGCUGGCAUCGUCACCUGCAAGCUCUAAUGCAAGCAUAAAUGCAAGCACGAGCUGCACCGGUGGCUCUGCGUCUUCGUGCUCACACGGUCCUUCGUCCCCUGGCCGAAAUGGUCAACUUUCUAAGCAAGGCUCGUUGACGAUAGUGCGCCGUAGUUCCGGCAAAGGCAAAGCCAGCCGUGCCGGAAGCGGAAGUGGCAGUCUCGAGUGUGCCGCACCGCCUGAAAGCCCCGAAGCUUAUUUGCGAGGUCAAUCCGUUGACCUCGAAGAGGUCCUCGACAAUGUAGACCUCACUACCGACACAUUGCCCGCCGUCGACACACCCGAUGCCUGCGACAAGGCUGCCCUCAGAUUGAGAUGUCUGUUGCGGCAGUUGCAGCGCGGCGAAAUAUCCGCGGAAUUGCUCCAGAGAAAUUUGCAUUACGCCGCGCGCGUCCUCGAAGCCGUCUUCAUCGACGAGACCAAGGUGAGUUCAGGCGGGCCCGAGUGCUCACGAUCGUCGCGUAGGGGGGCGGGCCACGGGACUACACCCCUGGGGGUCGGAUUGGACACGGAUGGAGCACAGGGCCACGUGGUGGCCACCCAGAAACGGAAGCUUCGCACCCCCGUGUGGGCAAGAGAGGCUGAACGUCUGGAGAAGGCCGCCACCUGCCAACCGGGUGUACCCCGUAGGAGACUCGCCGACGAAGAUGACGAACUGUCGGAAGUGCAGCCCGACGCGGUGCCACCGGAAGUGCGCGAGUGGCUCGCGUCUACGUUCACGAGGCAAUUGGCUACGACGCGUCGCAAGGCAGACGAGAAGCCGAAAUUUCGUUCGGUCGCUCAUGCCAUCCGGGCUGGGAUCUUCGUCGACCGGAUAUACAGGCGGGUCACCAAUCCGGCCCUUAUGCAAUUUCCCCAGGAGGUCGUCAAGGUGCUCAAGACGCUCGACGACUGGUCCUUUGAUGUCUUCUCUCUGAACGAUGCUGCUCAUGGCGCGCCAGUCAAGUACCUGGGGUAUGAUCUCCUUAAUCGAUACGGGAUGAUUCACAAAUUUAAAGUACCUCCGACAGUUCUCGAAAGCUUCCUCGGAAGGGUCGAAGAGGGAUACUGCAGGCACCGAAACCCAUAUCACAACAACCUUCAUGCAGCUGACGUAGCCCAAACUAUGCAUUACGUACUGUGUCAGACAGGUUUGAUGAACUGGCUGACGGACCUCGAGAUAUUUGCUACCCUAGUGGCAGCCAUCAUCCACGACUACGAGCACACUGGAACCACCAACAAUUUCCACGUGAUGUCCGGAAGUGACACGGCUCUCCUCUACAACGACCGGGCGGUCCUGGAAAAUCAUCAUAUUUCAGCCAGUUUCCGAAUCUUACGGGAGGAAGAAUGCAACAUAUUGCAGAAUUUAUCCAGGGAGGAAUUCCGGGAGUUUCGCUCUUUGGUAAUAGACAUGGUCCUGGCAACCGAUAUGAGCUUCCACUUUCAACAGUUGAAGAACAUGAAAAAUCUUUUGAGUCUUGCCGAGCCCAGUGUCGACAAGAGUAAAGCUGUCAGUCUCGUUCUUCACUGUUGUGACAUUUCGCAUCCUGCCAAGAGAUGGGAUCUUCAUAAUAGAUGGACAAUGCAGCUGCUCGAGGAGUUCUUCAGACAAGGCGACAAGGAGAGAGCACUAGGACUGCCAUUUUCUCCUUUGUGCGACAGAAACAAUACACUUGUGGCUGAGUCGCAAAUUGGAUUUAUCGAGUUCAUCGUUGAGCCCAGUAUGCAGGUUUGCAGCGAUAUGCUGGAAACUGUUUUAGCACCGUUGAACGUCAAAGAGGAAGCUGAAGAUCCUAGCAAUGGUGCCGCAGCCAAUGACAGACGCUUCAAGAUCAAUAAACCGUGGAUUCAGUGUCUUGCGGAGAACAAGAAGAUAUGGAAGGAACAAGCGGCAAAUGAUGCUGAAGCUCGGGCACAGAGGGAACAAGAACAAAAAACUGGAGAAGAUCAGAAGGAAGACGGAGGAGCAGAAGCAACGUCCGAGGAAUAAAUAUUAAUUGCGAUAAUGGAAAGGCUAGAAGUUAGUCUUAAGGUUUAAAAGUUGUAUAUAUAAUGGUUAUUUGCUAUACAUAUAGACUGAGGAUAAACGCAUACUCGACUUUACUUCAUAAAUUGCACAACAGUGCACUCCGUAUGUGUGAACGUGCCCAUUCGCUGCAAAAUGCUUUUAUUGGCCAAUCGCGAAUCUUUUUACUGUGUAUGGUUCCAACAUUCUUGAUGUAUUGUGAACAAUACGUGAUUACUGUAUUAAAGGGAUUUGUCUAAAUUAAUAAUAUAAAAUGUACUACGAUUUUGAGUAUUUGUUGUGCUAAUUGCUGUGGCACCUUCGGGAACAUUAUUUUUUAUGAAAUCAAACAAAGAUAUAUCGACAAUAUAUUCUUUGAGCUAUUUAAAAAAAGAAAAUCACUACUGUUACCUGAUGGUAGUAAACGCAAUUGGCCUUCGUGAACUAUAGUUGUUGUCCGAUAUAAGAUUAUUAUAUUAUCAUACUCUUAUCAGUACAAUGGGAAGGAUUACCUGGAUCAUAAGUUUCAUUGUAUUUAAUACUUGACUCACCAAUAUAUCAAUAUAGAUAACGUUCCAAUCAGCUAGAGGAAGUUUUUUUACUGUCUGUCAAUUCUUGUUUUCAUGACGAGAAUCAAAUAUCGAACGAUAACUGUACAAGCAAUCUAAUCUAAUAAUGAUAAAAUAAUGGAAAAAUUCUAUUGACGAACAAACGAUGGUCGCUCAACGAUGGUCAAGUUUAAGGUAAAAAGUAACUUUGUAGCUGUACCGAUGUAUUAAGGCUUUUUGCAGCAUGGGAACCGUACUAGUUGACAGUAAGCGUGACAAAGUAAAGUAUUAAAAAAAAUAUUGCAAUUACCAACCGUAUUAUAUUAAGUGCUCGCAGAAUUCUUUUUUAAAAAACUCCAGCUGGUCUGGUUUAAGGUAAAAUUGCGUGAAUAUGUCGGGGAAUGUGCAAAAAAUAUUAAUAGAGGUUCAAAAAGCGGCACGCUUAUUUCGUAAAUAGGUCAUACAUUUAAACAAUACGAAACAGAAAGAAAUUACUAAUUUCUCAAUAAAAUCUUUGUACAUAUUUACACGCGUAACCUGUACCAACUCAUCGAGUGGUAAAUUCGCUACAAGAAUGACAAAGAAAAAGUAAUCUUAAAAAAAUGGCAAAUUGUGUAUUCAGUAAUGUUUAUUCAAUAUGGUUCUAUGUUCCGUGUGUAAAUAUGAAUGAUAAAAUUAUUUUCGAAAAAGAAUCCGACGUUGAUUCAUGGCAAGUAGAAUUUUCUUAUGUGUCCUUUUUUUUGUUGGAUUUACAUUUACGUCCAUUGAGAUCAAGUAUCAGCAACUAGUAACGGCAAGUAGAUCACGAGUAAAGUAGGCGCAUUAAUUUUGCAGUCAGCAGGCACGUGUGGGGAAUUUGUCUGUCACAUGUAAAAUUUACAUAACUGUAACGCGUGACAAAAAUAAAUAAGACGUAAUUCGAUUACCGCGCAAUUACGUGAAAUCAUUGUUAUAAACAGUGAGCGAAAAGAUAAAUGAUAAUUUGCAAUAGCGCGAAUUAACAUAAUAUUACUGGCAUAGUCAUUAAAUAAUCAUAAUUGAAGUAUUAUAAUAUCGUAAGUACAUACGUAGGUUAAUUAUCGGGACUCCGAGGUAAAACGAAUCCGCCCUCUUUUUUCUUCUGUCCAGUAAUAAAAAAUAUUAAAAAGUUAUUGAAGUUUAUGAGUAUUAAAUUUUUUUCUUUAAUUCACGCAGUGUCAAUUCCAAAUCAUAUUUAUGAUAAUUAUGUAAAAUAAUAAUAUUUUACAAAUAUUAACGAUAUUGAACGAUCCACUGUCCGAUCUAUAUUUACCUGAAAACGAUAUUAUCGAUACAAAGCGUGAAAACUCAAAGAAUAAAAUUUAUAAUGUACCUGAUUUAAGCACGUCGAUGAUAAUCCACAUUGAACGAUGGAAUAUUCGCGAUGAAAAUAUUCACCCUCUACGUUUUACCUCCGAGUAUGCGAUAUCAUAGGUAAACAAGGUAUAAUAUAUUCGUCCGACAUUCGCGCACUUUGCAAUUUUUUUUUUUCCUUUUAAGUCUUCAUUAUUUAUUCACCCACGCCACUAUUAGCAUAGUCGUUAAAUGUGCUGUUUUUAUAUAUAACAUCCAAGCCUUCUAAUAGCUAUUAACGCAAAAACCAUGCUUAACGUCUAGUCGCGUGACAGUGUUAUCCAUCAUCAAAGAAACAAUAAGUAACAAUACUGAAAUUCCAGCAAUAUACACAAAUCAAUAGAGAACAAUUAAGUAACAUUCGUCCCGACGCAAACAUAAUUAUAUCCGAAUCUAAGAAUAAUUUUAAAAUGAGUGUCAGUGUGAAAAAAAUUCAGUUCCAAAUUUGAGUAGCCACGUGUAACACUGUCACCGACAAAAGCAACGAAACCGUUGGACACUCAUUGUGCCAGAAUUUUGAAAAUGCCAAUAACGUAAAAAUUCAAAGACUAUUGUACUAUGGUCAAUGUAUUAAAAUUGCCAGUGUAACUUAUUAUAUGAAAACAAAGUAGAGAAAGAACAAUGGCAAAAUGCGUGUCUCACGUGCUCGUACUGAACAAUUAAGAUUACGCUCUCGGUGUGUUUGAUGUUUGAAGGCUUGACAAUUAUGAUUGAACUUUUAAGGAGCUUAUCAAGAAAAGCUCCUAAACUGACCGGGAUGAUAGCUUUAUUACUUAGGCAUUCGCCGAGGCUCCCGGCACCCCUGCAAGGCGCAAUGGCCUUGGGGGAACCUUAAUUAAAAGGUACAAGCUAAGAUUUUCUUUGUACUUACAUAAUACCGUAUACCAAGCAAGACAUCUGUCCCUUGUUUGAGAUUAUUCCUACAUAUUAUUUUUCCCGGAACGAGAUUCAGCGAGAUUAUUCAUCCAAUAUACUAAUUAAGCUUAGAAGUGGCAGUGAAAAAAGCCAGCAAGUGAGAGAGAAGAGAAAGAGAAAGAGAGAAAGAGAGUGUACUCGUUUAAUUAACUGGAUAA